CAUUGGCAGGAACCCAACGAAGGACACUGAAUCCCCCUAUCGAAAAGCCCAUAGUUGGAGGUGUCCGGUAUAAGAAACGAAACAGCACUCCUUAAGACUUUCUUCGAACGAAUCUACAAGAAGUGGUGCAGUAGCGAGUGCCAGUGGAACCGCAGUGUCUUGAGAUGGUGAUCGUGACCAGUUCUUAAGUGCUAACUUUGUGUGUCUCUCCAUUCCACGUCCAUCAAAAGAUAAUCGGAUUUAUUGGAUUAAACAGUUAUGAUUCCGCGAGAAGCCCAUUGGCUGCUACUCAUCGUCUGCACGCUGCGCCUACCAGAAUCGCUAGGCGAACGAACUUACGAUACCAGCGAAUGGAUCCCCAUAACGCUGCAUCCGCUGCAGGCCAGCGGAUCAGAAGCCAUCGAGCACCAAGCGCCCAAUGAGCGCGUUCUCACUCUGGACGCUUCCCCGAAGAAUUUCUUCCCCGACUAUCAACAGCGACAGCCCAACCAGAUCCAGCCGCCCGGGCCGAAGAAGCUCUUCGAUCCCAAGCCGAGAAAGUUGAAGUUUCCCACCGAGUACAGCUUUGAAACGCCGCCGCCGCCCCAGAAGUCGCACAUCGACUACUACGAUCAUGACGCCUCUUAUCUGUACGACCAGACGCCCAGAGUGAAGCAACAGAGGCCGGUAGCUGAUCGCUAUGUGGCGGUGCCCAGUGUUAACCCGCAAGCCCCUAAACCGGACGCCCCUGAUCUGUACGAGCAGUAUCAGUUGCCCUUUAACAGCAGCUUCUACCACUCGCUGAGCCCCAGCUCGAUCAACAACGACUUCUACCAGGCGAUUCGCAACAAUGAAGCCAAUAUCAAUGCCAGUGACCGGCAGGCCCCUCGAUCUCAAGUGGAGCAGGAGACUGUGCAGCUGGUCUACGUCCCAGUGGAGAACUUGAAGGCCCAGCCCCCAAAGAGCGAAGGGAGUUUGCGGGAAAGGUUCUCUCUGCCCGCCUACUCGCCAGUUGUUAGUCAAUAUCAGGCCACCCAAAAGCCCUUCUACGGCAGCCUCCCAGAUGCGCAACUGUCGGUUUCUACUCCCGAGAGCAAGCAGACAAGGCUGGAGAGCAUCCGACAGGACUAUCUGCAGCAAAGCCUUGGAGCCGAGAGGCUCCAAGAGCAACUAGCCGACGAUAUCAACCCUUUGAAGCAAGUCUACGCUUCAACCACAGCCAAACCCUCCCUAAAAGCGCACCAGCCGCCGCUGGCCGUCUUCCUGGAAUCGCAACAAAAGGCCGAAAUCGUCGACGUUCUGAACAUUCUCAGGGGGGCUAAAAGCAUUGCCGUCCAGGACAAAGUGACUCCGGAGUCGCCGCAGAUCUUCAUCGGCCCGUCCAACCUCGACUCCCCGGACGGAUACACCAAGUUCCCGCUGCCCUACCUGAACAACAUCAACGGCAACCGGAUUGAGCGCAAAAUCGACCAACUGCCCUUCUUCGUAGCUCCGGUGGGCUACAAAACGCCACCUGGAUAUGCCAAGAUAGCGCUUCCGUCGCCCCAUGUGGGCUCCGUUGUGGUCUCAGUGCCCUCGUCCUUGGAGCAGACGCCCCAUAAUCAAGUGCUGUCCUUCAGUUCGCCCGCCUUCGAGCCCCCACGGACACAACGCGUCCCGGACACGUACGACCUGCUGAAUCCGGGCGGCGGGGACUACCAAAGCAACCUGGACUCGUUCAGGGGCCAAUACCAAAGCACUCUGGAUUCGGUUAGGGGGCAGUACCAAAGCACCCAAAGCCCCCCAGUGUCGGAGUUUAAUGGACUGGCAGUAUCCACACCGACGCACACUUAUUCUCCUGAACGAAACGCAUUUGGGAACGCCUACACCUCGGCACCGUCCACUCCCUACUACACGCAGCCGCUAAGCAACCAACCAGCCUAUCAGGACGCUCCCAACGUGUACCGCCCCCAGUUACCGGAGCAAGCGCCCGCCCCCCAAAAGCCGCAAUACAGCGCCCGUCAAACCACUCAGCUGCCCGAAGUCAGCAAUAUCGACCUGGCUAUUAACGAGUACGAACUCGGCCAGACCAACAACCACUUUGAGGAGCACAACAAGGUAAAACACUCCACAACUAGACGGCCGGAAGAGGCGCCGAGGAGCACCAGAAGACCAGCGACUCGCACCCGAUACGAAGAAACCACCACUGUAAGAGGGCGAACCAGAACCAGGGGGCGACCAGGUCGAACCACCUCAACCACCACCCCAGCGGCUGUGGACCCCGAUAGGUAUACUGUGUUGGAGGAGUUUUCUGCUCGGGAAGUUUCCACCGAAUCCUACGAAAGCCCUUCGAGCAGCCCCGAGGGCCAGACUGAGCCUCCGCGACGGCCCACCGCGUCUUUUAGUGGCAGCCGAUAUUUGCCGGAGGAGGCGUUCGACACCACUCGCGCCCAGUCCUACGACAAUACGCGUGUUGAGCUGGAGCCGCCCAAGAGGAACCGCUUUGUAGCUCAGGAGGAGCCCCCCAGCACGCCCAAACAAUACCGCACGGAAGUAGAAAACAUCCCGGCCAACGUAUACAGCUUGGGACAGCCGACCACCUAUGGGAGCGACUUUGAGCCCUCCAGAACCCCAUCCAGCUCCUCCAGGCCUUUCUACGAAAACGUCGAGGUGAGCACCACUGGACGGGCUUCAUCCAGAGAACCGCCCACUCACCGGUUUGGGUCUGAAGUGGUCAACUACGAGAACAGGGAGCCCAAUCAGGGCCGGGCAACCUACUCAGCCAACUCCGAUGAACUCCCAGUCCGACCAGAAAAGGAGCGGGAAUCAGCCGAACAGCGUCCUCAAGGCCUUGAAGAACCCUCAUCCGUGGACAACCUGUUCCAGCCUAACUUCGACCAGACCUACAUCAGCCUGCAAGACCAAGCAGUGCGGUCGCUGCUGGUGCCUAACCUUUUGGCGCCCGGGGCGAAGCAGUCACGCCCAACUUUACCCACAGAAAGUUCUCCCCAGCCAGUGCCUACGACUGAGGAGCUUAUCCAGCUGCCAUCCAGCACAGAGGCGCCAACUACCACAACAACAACCACCACCGGGCGACCCACAGUUAGAACUAGGGGUAGAGGAAGGCCGCGGCCUACCAGCGCAGCCGCUGUGGAAAGCGCGCCAUCCAGACGCACGCCUAGUAGGAGGAGGCCUACUCCCCAGACCUCCUCCACUGAAAGAGCAGUUGACUAUGACAGUGGGGACUCUGGCUCCUACGUCCAGCAGCGGUUCAGGACGCGCACGCGGCCUACGCAGAACGACAUCGUUGAGCGGCCCUCCACGACGGAAGCUUACCAACCACCUGCCAUUGAAGUCGCCUACGAGCCGAUCAAAAGCCGCACGGCCCAGACGCCCUACGAGGAGCAGCUAGUAGUGACAAUCGCUCCCAAUCCAGAACCGGAAAUUCGGGAAUACAGUCGCGUGUUUACUGCCCCGAUCACCACCACACCUCAACCAGUUCUAGACUACGAAAACACCCGCAUCCGAACCCUUCCAGUGGCGGAAGCUCCGAGCUCUGAACAGCCGGAGCGACGAUUGGAAGCAGGGCCCAGGCAGAGCGAGGAGGAGCCCUACAGAAGAUCCCACAACGCUAAUAUUCAAUCGGGAGGCGUUUUGAACAACCGCCGGGAGCCCUCUACUUCCACAGCGCCCCCUACUAGGGUGCGCGGACGAACAAGGGGCAGGUCUAGGUUUGCCACCACCACAACCACUCCUCGACCCAUCAGCAGAGUGUCCUCGAGACCCACCAGCGCCACCUUGAGAGCGCCCACGCAAGAGCAAGAGGAGCCUGAGUUCUUCGGCUUCACUAGACAGCCCAACUUUUCCCCAGCAGCCACUAAGCUCAGCCCUUCCACCACCACGCUGGAACCUGCGGUGCGCUUUGUAGGGGAGAUCAGGCCCAAGUACACGCCUCGAACCACCACUGGGCAACCCGCAGAAGAUGUUGAUUAUGCUGAAACGCCCAGGACAAGAGUGCGCGCCAGAACAAGAGCGCCAGCCCGACCGACUCCUGCCAAUACGGUGCGUCCAGUGGAAAGCGAACCUGCAGCUGGGAGGGGCCGGGUGGCCACCCCCCAAAGAACCAGGGGCAGAUCGCAUUACCGCGCCCCUGAAAACGUGAAGCGAGAAAACGAGGAUGAGGACGUGGCCAACCAAAACUAUCCUACGGAGUUUUUGCAGAAGUUGGAGGUGUCGUCGGCAAAGCCGAGGAAGACGUUCCAGAUUACGGUGGACCCGCUGGAGGGCGAUGAUGAUCAGGCCUCGUAUUCGUCGAUUCAUCGGCCGAAGUUCGUCCAAGCCCCCCUGGACUCUGAUGGCUCAACAGCCUCCACGCAAACACGAGAUCCCAACGGGUUGCAGUUUUCCGAAAAACCCCAGCAUUUCCCCAGCCCCGAACCGCAGGCUCUAGCCUUUGAACUGAGUGAUCAGCCCAUUCCAGUGGAAGCCUCAACUUGGGAAGAAAGCCAAGAAACUGCGUCAACCGCGGUAGCAGAGCCAACCACAAAAAGCCGACGAAGAGGCGCCUGGAAACUAGUGAGACAAAGACCUGCCGAUCCUCUGGAGGUUUCCGAGUCGCAGAACUACCAAAGUGUGCUGAAUGCCUUCGAGUCCAUUGGGAAGAGCGACUCCUUUGGCAAAACCCAGCACUUUAAAGACCAGAGCAGCUUGGAAGACGUUAGGGACAGUGCUGAUGAAGAAAGCCUUGAAAGUGCUGAUGAAGAAAGCCUUGAAAGUGCUGCUGCCAGCACCGAGCCCAAGCUAGAUGAGUUGAGCCCCACAACCAAAACUCCCGAGAAUUUCUUCGAGAAGAUCUACGAAAUGUUUGGCGUAUUUGGACAUGGGGAAACCAAUGCCACUACUGUCAGCAGUGCCUCUGAAGAUUCCUCCACGGUGGCCAAUCCAGUAUUCCCGGAAGAAAUCACGGAACUGCCUACCACAACCAGUGGGGAAGAGCAAAAGGCUGCAGAAACAACUGAAACUCUACCAGCCUCCACUACGUUGAACAUCAGCGCGUCAUCGCAGCCAUACGAUGUGGAACCUUGGGAAAUGAAGCAGGUGAAAACAUCCACUUCCACUGAAGUUUCUCAUGAAACGGAGAUUUGCUAUAAAGGACGCUGUGUGAAGUCCCGGGACAAAAAGACGCACAAAUGAACCUGCUGAGGUUGAGAGCAUGUUGUACAUAAUAUUAUAUAAAGAGAGAAUGUGAAUGCUUGGUAAAACGACUUUUUAUUGAUGGUAGGAACCUGUUGAGGUUCGGAAUUAAAACUGUUAGCUAAUCAGGGUUCUGAGCAAGCAACCGGCUGCUCUCGGUGGGUCGGAAAAACUGGAACAUGUUGCACAAACCCUGUACUUAUGGACCAUUUCUAGCCGAACAGCACGAAAUUAUUUAUUGAAUAAUUAACAAAAUUAAUAAACGAUUAUUACUACCAUGAGAGCGUCAUUCUUGCAACAUCUAACCUUCCUUGAUUGCCCACUCAAAUUGCCCCAUCAUUGUCUCAAUUUGAAGCAUAAAUAAAGGGCUCAUUAGCGGAUAAUUACUGUAGUUAUUGUUAGGCAGGCUCUCCUCAUUAUGACACGAAACCCAACUUAAUUAACCAACGUUUAAAAAAGCACACAGAGUCACAGAUAUAUAAAUGAGGUUGCAUUUGCGGAUCUCAAAAAUGCCAGUUACAAUGAAUCAAGGGUGUUUCUUGCUCGUGGUCAGUGCUGUUUUGGUGUUUGCGGAAUUCGAUCAAACGAGUUUGCCACCCGAAACUAAGGAAUUGAUGGCGGCUCUGCACAAGAACUGCAUUGAGCAGAUUGGAGUGAGUGAGGCUGAUGUCGAUCAACUGAGAGCAGCAAAUUUUGAAGAGGAUGCAAAAUUAAAGUGCUACACCCGGUGUCUUAUGGCUGAAAGCGGAGUGAUGGACGAAAACGGCGCCAUCGAUGUAGAGGCUUUUGCGGAAAUUCUUCCGGAAGCCGUCCGUGGCAACAUACAGACGAUUUUCCGCCGUUGUUCCCUCACAAACAACAUUGAAGAUCAGUGCGUGAAAGCAUAUGAGAUGGUUAAAUGCUGGCAUAAGGAAGAUCCUGAGAGUUACUUCAUGAUUUGAUGAGGGAUUUGGUACAUAGAUCUCACUUUGGAAGCAUUUGCGACAUUUUGGAACUCACAAGCAUUGGUGUCUGGUGUAAUUAGGUCUUGACUGUGUUUAAUAAAAUUAUUAUUAAGUU